AUGGUUGAAGGUGAUGAUGUUCCAAUGGAAAUUCACAAUGAUAUGGGUGUUAGAGUCUAUGUGGAACUGAAGAAAGAGAACAAAGCAUUACCAAUGUACCCAUUAUGUAUCAUUACAACUGAUAGAAGCAUGGAGAUAUGUAUAUCGGGUGAGAGUUGUGUUGAAGGUGAUUAUUUGCAAAUCGGAUACACGAGUCAAACGAAUAUAAUGGAAACAGUAGGUUCCCGUGAUUUGGCAUCAUCAAAUUGUGGAAAGGCUGAUUUGUUAUUCGAAAACAACAAGGGUAUGGUUAUUGAUGACAAGAACCAAAAAGUAGUUGCGGUCGAUCGGGUAUACAAGGAUAAAGAUACAUUAAAAGCUGUGAUGGUGAAUUAUGCAAUUACAAACAGGUUCAACUAUCGGACAGAAAGGAGCAAUGCAAUAAGCUACACACUUGUGUGUGUAUCGGGAGAGUGUGAUUGGAAAUUCAGGGCGUCAAGUGUAGGUAAGUCAGGAAUGUUUAGAGUUAGGGAGUUUCAAGACAAACAUACAUGUCCGUUAAAGGAAAAGGUUUAUUCCCAAUGCCAAGCUACAAGUCGGUUGAUAAGUGGGAUUGUCAAACCAAAAAUAUCAAAUCAUAAGAGGAAAUAUACGCCUAAAGACAUUGCGGAGGACGUCAAAAAUGAUUUUGGAAUGGAUGUUUCAUACAUGGUUGCUUGGCGGGCCAAAGAAAAGGCGCUGAACGAUUUAAUGGGUGAACCGGCUGAAUCUUAUAAAAGAUUACCUGGAUAUCUAUACAUAUUGGAUAAGACUUACCCGGGUUCACAUAUCAGAAUGCGUAAAACCCGCGAAAAUGAAUUUCUGUAUGUUUUUAUAGCAUUGUAUGCAUUUAUCAAAGGCUUUGAUUAUUGUCGGCCAAUUGUGGUAGUUGAUGGAAGCCACUUAAAAACACCAUACAAUGGAACAUUUGUCUCGGCAAGCACAUUAGACGGUGCAGGCAACAUACUUCCCUUAGCAUAUGGUGUAAUUGAUUCUGAGAAUGACAGAUCAUGGACGUGGUUUUUUGAGCGUUUCAGAGAAACAUAUGGAAUUAGAGAGAAUAUGUGUAUCGUAUCAGAUAGGCAUGAAAGUAUAAACAAAGCUUGUUUGUAG